AAGCUGCUCCUCCCAAAACCUUCCAAAAGAUCAAUUCUAACCAUUGAUUGACAUUGAUUAAUCUUGACGUGGACAUUGACAUAUACCUAUUCUAGCUUUGGUUACGACCUUAAAUAAUUUACAUUCAUUCUCCUUUACUAAAAAAAAACUCCCCUCAACUUCGCCCAAAAUGUAUGCCACACGAGCUUUGAGAAUGAUGCCCACCAGGCGCAUGAUGUUUCCUCUUCCCAAGGAGGAUCAGAGCGCCCAUACCGUCUCCCAGCGCCUCCGAAAGUUGCGACAAAUUCCUGCAGAACUGAUCCCCCUCGGAGUUGUCGUUGGCUUCGCCGUCUUUGCCGCUACCUAUUCUAGUCUUCGCAAGUUCUCUGUGGACAAGAACCUCAGACUCAGCCGCCAAAACCGUAAGGAUGACCCCGUGGAGCACACCGAGGGACACUAAGCGAACUCUACACACACGAGUGUAAAGUUGAACUACGGUCAACCGAAAGGAGCUUACUGGGGAUGGGCGCAUUCAGGGAUUUAGAGAAGUAAAGUACUGUAUAUGUUACACGUAGCCGACGGAGGAGUGGACAUGUCAAGUAUGGGAGACUAAGCGUGGUA